UGAAAUCCGAUCCAAUAGCAGUUGUAGAGUUGUAGUUUGUAUCUGAGGGAGAGUGUGUGUGUCUUGGUGGUGGCGCGCGGACGUGUAUACGACUCGGACUCACUAUGAGUACAGAGGCCCUCAUGGAGCCCAGCGCUACCCAAGGCGGACGACCUCCGGCUUCGUCGCCGCCACACAAAAGUCCCUCUCCUCCGUCGUCGACUUCGCUGGCGUCGCACCUACUGGCGGCCGUGUCGCAAGUUCAGAGCCUUACGUCGCAACUGCCUCCUUCUGUGCCAAUACCCACGUCCUCGCCCCCUGGGCUAGGAGUUUAUCGCCAUGGCAUGCUCGGAGGCGGUAUGCCGCACCAAUUUCACCUUGGCUCCGAGCCUCCCAUGUCCUCACUGCUGGCCGGACUCAAAGACUUCCCCCGUCAGUACCACUCCCCUCCGCCAUUACCGUCAUCAGAAAGUCAUGAGUGCAAAAUCGUGGACUAUCGAGGCGCCAAAGUGGCCGCAUUUAUCAUUAAUGGCGAUACUAUGUUAUGCCUACCACAAGCCUUCGAGUUGUUCUUGAAGCACCUGGUAGGCGGCCUCCACACAGUCUACACCAAGCUCAAGCGGCUGUCUAUCGAGCCCAUCGUGUGCAAUGUUGACCAGGUCCGCAUCCUCCGGGGCUUGGGAGCCAUCCAGCCGGGCGUCAACAGGUGCAAACUACUCUCCGUGAAACACUUUGACAUCCUCUACAAGGACUGCACCACCGCCAGCUCCAGGCCCGGUCGCCCGCCCAAGAGAGCCUCCGACUUCAUGACGAUGUCGCCGAGCCAGGACGCGCUUUUCGACCUCAAGAAGCGACACAUGGAUAACCCAGGCUUCCCAAACGGCCAUAUGCCAGGUGACCCAAGGUUGGAUAAGUCGCCACUGCUCGCCAACGGGUACCACGCGCCGCCACACUUCAAUCCUCUACAGUACAUGGCGCACCACAUGGCAGGGCUCGGCUACCCACCACUGUUGCCCGGCGGCCUCCCCGGCGGUCUGCCUGGAGGAGGCCCAGUAGGACCACACCCCCUCUCCCCUAACGAGGCCUCCCCUCUCAAACACCCACAAAUCACACCUGAGUCUUUGGCCAGGUAUGUGCGGAUGCACGAGGAGCGGGUAGAGCGAGAGCGUCUGAUGGCACUGGACCAGCGACGGGGUCUGACGCCCACUAGUAUGGCAGGACCCCACCAUCUGCCACCCACCUCCACCCACGACGACCACCAGCCGCCCACUUCUCCCGUCCUCAACCUGUCUAAGGGCGCCGCUUCUGAAGAUGCUCAGGACGAACGAGAUGACGAGCGGGACCACGACCUGGCCAGCCACGACUCCGGGCGUGACCUACAUGACGAUGACCGCCGUCACAACCCUCAUGACGAUGACCGUCUAUCUGAUAUGGACGAUGACGAGGACAAAGAUGAAUCUAUGGACGUGGCUGAUGCGUGGACCAGAGCCUCCAGUACACUAGGGCAGACGCAGCUCACCUCGCCUCCAGCGCCCCCAGGAGCUCUCGCCAGCAUGGGGGGCAACGCUCCCCUCUCAUCCACGGAGGUUCUACUCAGGAAUAUUCUGGGCCUCCUGCGGGUGGCUGAGGAGAACGCGCGACACCACGAGAGGCAAACACAGUGUGAGAAAGCCGAAUUGAAAAUGGAAGUCCUUCGAGAGCGUGAACUGAGGGAGACGCUGGAGAAACAGCUGCAGGAGGAACAGAAGAACCGGAUACUGAUGCAGAAGCGCUGCGCUAAGCUGAAAAAGUUGCGACGUCGCCUGCAGGAACGCCUUGACGUGGAGAUGAAGCGGAGGAGUCGCUAUGAGGACCACAUCCGCUCCAACUCACCUGACGCCCUGGGUGACAUAAAUGGUACGUACACCAUAAGGAAGGAGAUGGAAGCGAUCGCUGCCGAACUACAGAAUGAAGACCUACAGCAGAAUCAGCAGCAGAAGGAGGAACGAGAGGCCGUAGACAGACUGCUGGCCUCCCCCGCCCUCGCCAACCACCCCGCUAUCACCGCCGCCACCGCCAACACCACGUGGCGGUAGAGCGGCAGUCAUACACCCUCCAUUAACUACAGUAUCAGGAUAAUGUGUCGUGCAAGUAUUCAUGACCAAACUCCAUUUCAGCAUCUGGCAUUUCAAAAGCACAAACGACGAUUAUGACGAUAUUCCGAAGUGUUUCCUCAAAUCUGACUUACCAGGGUAAUGACCAGCUGUGGUCUCAGACAAAUAUGAUGAUGUACAGCCUCUGAGACGAGUACCUCGUGUACAGAGAAACGUGUAUUAAGUGGAGAAAACAAAUAGGUGUUGUCAGUUGUAAUGUGCAAGUAUGUGUAUCCGAAGGUGCAGUGAGCAGAGGCUUGUUUUCUUACAAGCAGUCGGCAGUACAGUACAGGAUGCAUUCGCUAGAAACAAGCCGCUCAUUACCCGAGUGUGUGCUGGUGUGCACCGUAAUGUUGACGUUCGUGUAAGUAGCAACAGAGGGAGAAGGCCCUGGCAGUGUACUGCCUGGUGUCGCCUCUCAGUGUUGACAGUUGGUUCUCGAUGUGUUGAAGCAGAAAGUGUUGUCUUGCUUUGCUUAAAUGGCAAUUGAUACUUAACUAUGUACAUAAAUUUUAUAGUAGAUAAUUAGCAGGAAAUGAUUAUAACUGUAUCCAUAAGCUAAGCUGCGAGUGUCACAGUUGGUGAUGAUGGGUGCCAAGACGUGGAUGGUUCAUGUACAAUAAAAAUGACGGUGCUGACGUCAUACCCUUUUACCUUCACUGAUAUAGAUGACGUCAUUACCUCUACCUCGCCAGGAGAAUGAGGACACCAGCAGGAGACAGCCAGUAAUGUUGACCACUAAGGACGUGCCACCUAGUAUGGUUGAGCAUCCCGCCAGCACUUCCUUCAUACGUAAAUUUACGCCAGUUUACCUCCUCCAUGAGGAACUCUGUCACUAGGGUAACACUCAUACGUAACACAGCUGACCUGCCGGAGGAGCAGCACCUCCCCGGGGGUCAGCAACACACGAGAAACUCUGGCAUUGGGCGCAUCUUCCAUGAAAUUCUUUUGACACAGGAGAACAGUGACCGCCGUCAGUGCAGGGACGGUACACUGACGGUGCGCGAGCAGUGGGCGUUACCUCAGAGUACAGUAGUGGAGCCGUGAGCUGCUUCACUGCUGUACACCCACCACUACCCGCCCCAGGUGUCGUGCCCACAACACUGGUCCAUAUGACAUAGACCUGCCCAGGGAAUUCAAAACAUCACAAACACGACUUUUUUAUACUAUUUAAAGUGUAUUUAUUGUAUAUUUUGAGUGUAGUUACAGCUUAUAGGCAUGUGAUGUGCCGGGGAUAUUUGUCUCUGUGUAGUUAUUAAUGUGAUCCUGAAAGUGAUCGUCAGCAAUAGGGGUCGAAUACAUUAUUUAUGUUGAUGGUAGAGUCAGCUUUCCUUCACCAAGAGAUGAGUCAGUUUGAGUAUGACUAUCGUCCUCUAUCCUUACCUGUGUAGGUGUACGUGUGAGCGGUGGAGCCAGGUGCAAUAUUUGACUCUUAGAAGAGCCUGGCGAGACCGUCUCUUGUCAGCCGCUUCAUCGUAUCCACUCAAGGUCAUCAGUUUACGACUUAAGUUUUAAAAAUGUCAACUAACAUAUCACGAAAACUACCACAGAUGUGCACAAGUGGAUGCCUAGCGAGAAGAACAAAAGUAACAUUAUUUCUGGCUAUUAUUGAAGCGAAUUUUUUGUCAGAGUUUCACAUUUCAUUAAAUUUGUAAGACUACGAUUAUUGUCUGUACAUCUGCCAUGCUGCGACAUAGCAAGUACUACAGGCACCUCUAUAAAUUAUAUAUCUAGGCAUUUGUAAGAUUUGUAAAUAUAAAGAAAGCGUAUUGUUAAGGGCAUUAAUCCAAUAUUAGACAUAGGUUCAGUAGUCAUUACAGUAGAUUGUAAGUCAACUGCUUGGACAUCUGGCAUCACCCAUUAUCUAGUGCCAAUGACAACAUGCUUUGAUAGUACCUAUGAUAGUACAUACAUGUAGCAGUAGUACAUCUUAGAGCAGGUGUCUCGGUAGCUUAGGGCUGCUGCGCCACAGUGGGACCACACUCUAUGUUACCCCCAACCUGACCCUGCACACCCUAUGUACGGAUAUGCCUGUAUACGGCACACGGUGACAAGAACUACAGGUGCCGGUGAUUCUGGACGUGGAUUAGUUAAUUAUUACCGAAUCGGUAAUAUAAUUAGAAGCAAGAAAGACAACAAAGAUCAAUUUAGCUCCAGAGUGAGUUGUGUAGAUACGUUUCUUGUGUCUACUUGGGCAUUGGUUGUGCCGGGGGGAGGGGGAGACGAGGCCAGGAGAAGUGAGCGUUGCGACAGUACUACAACAAACCCUCGACCAUCUACCUAGACCAACUCUCUACCAAUACAGCAUCUGGUAUCCAUGCCUUGUACUGUAUGUAACAAAAAAGUAACAUUGUUGUAUCCUAUAAUAAAAAAAUUGAGUGUUUCUCUAAUUUUUAUGUUGUUUCACUAAAUAAAGCAAUAACUUGCA